ACAACAAAAGAAUGCUCUUAGAUCAAUGUUUGCAUCGGAGGAAUGGGCUACUAGUCCACAUGCUAGUAAAAGUGAGGCUAAGCAAGUCAUGAACCUAGUGUUGAGUGAUGAUAGAUUUUGGAGAUCAAUUACAUAUUGUCUAAAGUGCGUGAUUCCACUUGUGAAAGUGUUAAGGCUUGUAGAUGGUGAUUCAAAGCCAGCCUCACCAUACAUUUAUGAAGCAAUGGAUAGGGCUAAAGAGAAAAUUGCUCAAAACUUUCAAAUGCAAGAGUCAAGGUAUAAAAAAGUGUGGAAGAUUAUUGACACUAGGUGGAAUCUGCAGCUUCAUAGGCCUCUUCAUGCAGCUGCCUAUUAUCUCAAUCCUAGGUAUCAUUAUGACAAGAACUUCAAUCCGGAUAGUGAAGUGUUAAUUGGUUUAUAUGAAACCUUUCAAAGAAUGGUUCCGGAUAUAAGGACAAGAGUUAUAAUAGAUCAACAACUUGAAAAGUUUAAGGGAGCUAAGGAGAUCUUUGGAAUGGACAUGGCAAUAGCUACUAGAGAUAAGAAACAACCGGCUCUUUGGUGGGAGAGUUACGGUGGAAGAGGUAAAGAGUUACAAAAGGUGGCCAUGAGAAUUUUGAGUCUUACAUGUAGUGCCACGGGAUGUGAGAGAAAUUGGAGUACAUUUGACCAAGUGCAUACUAAGAGAAGAAAUCGAUUGGAGCAACAAAGAUUAAAUGCACUUGUAUAUGUCAAAUAUAAUCUUCAACUUGAGAUGAGGCAAAAUAGUAGAGAAGAGAAUGGAGAUACCUAUGAUCCCAUAUGUUUGUCAGAUAUUGAAUCCGAUGAUGAAUGGAUCACCGAAAAGGAGAAUCCUUGCUUGCCUAUUGAUGCCUCAUGGAUGGAUGUACAUGAGUGCUUUGGUGUUGAUGAGGGAGCUCCAAAGAAGAAAAGAAAGAGAGGUCCAAGAAACUUGAAUGCCAAGAUUGGUAAGGGAAAAUCAAUAAUAGAAGAUGAGGAUGAAAUUGAAGAUAAUGAAGAAGAAGAACUUUUGAUAUUAGAAGAUGAAGAUGACUUGAGUGAUGUAGAUCUUGGGGUUGGGGAUGAUGAAUGAUCUUGGAUAGGGGCAUUUUGUAUAGAUUUUUUGAGGCCAUAUGACUGAAUUUGUGUGGCAGAAUUUGUGUGGCAGUAGCACCACUUGUUGCUGAGUUUAUGCUGCAACAACACUAAUAUUUUUUUUGGGUAGCUAUAUUGCUGAAUUAGAAUAGCAAUCAGUCCUUGGUAUAUGCAUAUAUUUAGCAACAACAAUGAUUUUUUUUGGA